ACUAAUCGAACUUCCAGAAUAUCAUAAUAGGUUAUGGGCCCAGGACAAAUCGACUAGUUUUUUUUUCCGGGGUGAAGACAACGACUAAAAGCGAGUUUUUUGUUCGUUACCACGCUGUUCAGAAUUUCGGUAAGAAUGGCUGUGAACUAUCUAAAUAGUGUAGCGUACUUAAUCAGACGCGAAAGCUAUGAGGAUUUGUGUUUCGCCAUGGAGAACGUUUUCGUUUUAGAAGGUUUAACAAAGUGUGUGGACGGUAGUGAGACUGAUACGGUGCUGAUAGCGAAAGCAAAAGCUAAAUUGGUUUUGAUUAUAGAUCCGUCACUAUACGGCCAUGUUAAAGAAGCAAAAACGUGCAAAGAAGUUUGGGAGAAAGUCAAAAGCCUUUACGAAGACACUGGUUUUACAAGAACAAUAGGAUUGCUGAGAUCCCUAAUCUCAUUGAGGCUCGACAACUGCCAGUCAAUGGAGAAUUAUGUGAACCAGGUAAUUGAAUCAGCCCAGAGACUUCGGAGAACCGGUUUCAAAAUGGACGAUGAAUGGGUUGGGUCUCUUCUUUUGGCGGGAAUGCCUGAUAAAUAUUCACCUAUGAUAAUGGCUAUCGAACAUUCAGGAAUAGACAUAAGCGCAGAUUCCAUAAAAAGCAAGUUACUUGAUAGGGCGGCAGAUGACUCUGAUGGAACUCGAACAGGUGCUUUUGCAGCAAAACAUGACAGUUUACAAAAGCAGUUCAAGGGAGAUAACGCCAGCAAUGACGAAAGAAAGACAAAUGACAGAAGUCAUGACUGUCGAAAUGUAAAUAAACAUUGGAACAAACGCAAGGUAAUUUGCUAUAAGUGCAAAAAACCAGUGCUGUGUUCCUGAGCGGAAACUACAGUAAGGAACAUUUUUAUUUGGAUUCAGGAGCAAGUAACCAUAUGCCACCAAACGAAAGUUGGAUAAAGAAUAUUUCGCCUUCAAUAAUUUCAGAAAUUAUAGUUGCAAACAAACAAAAGCUGCAAGGGAAAUGUUCCGGGAACAUUGAGAUAAUUACACAAUCUUUUGGAAAAUGUCACGAAGUGUCAGUGGAAAAUGUGUUGUCUGUUCCAGAACUUUCAACCAACCUUUUAUCGGUAAGUCAGCUAGUUUCCAGGGGAAAUCAAGUAGUUUUUCAUGACUCUGGAUGUACGAUUUACAACAAAACAGGCCAAUUGAUUGCUACAGCAGAUUUGGUUGAUGGUGUCUAUAAAUUGAAGCUCAAAAGAAAUGUCUGUAUUAUUACUCGUCUGUAAGACUCGCUCAUAUAAAUAGUCGAGAUUUAGUCAGAAUGAAGGACUCCGUACAUGGAUUAACUUUGAGUGAAGAAAUAGACAUAAACAAAUCAAAUUGUGUCACUUGUUGUGAAGGUAAGCAAACGAGGCUUCCUUUUUUGCACAAAAGUACACGUAGUAACCAAGUGCUUGAAAUUAUACAUGGUGAUGUAUGUGGACCGAUUGAAACUCCAUCAAUUGGCGGUUCACGUUUUUUCUUAUUACUUGUUGAUGAUUAUAGUAGAUUCUCUUUUGUUUGCUUUAUGAAGAACAAAAACGAAAGUUUUAGAUAUUUUAAAGAAUUCAAGUUAAUGGUUGAAAAACAAAAGUGUAAACCAAUUAAGUACUUUAGAACUGAUCAAGGAGGAGAAUUUUGUGGGAGUGUUUUCGAGAAUUUCUUGAAGGAAGAAGGAAUAAUUCACCAAAAAACAAAUGCCUACACUCCAGAGCAAAACGGCCUUGCUGAGCGACUUGACCGUACUCUAGUAGGAAAGGCAAGAUGCCUGUUAUUUGAUGGUGAGCUUGAAAAGAAAUGUUGGGCAGAAACUGUAAAUACUGAAAAUUAUUUACGCAACAGGAGUGCUAUUAGCGGCUCAAAUAAAACACCGUAUGAACUAUGGCAUGGAAAUAAACCUGAUCUUACUGAUAUACGUAUCUUUGGAAGUCGAGUUAUGACUCACAUACCAAAAAGCAAACGACUCAAAUUUGACAAAAGUCUUACGAAGGAAUACUUGUGGGUUAUUCAGAAGUUAUCAAAGGUUAUAGAAUUUACAAUCCGCGAAGUAGUAAAAUAACAACAAGCAGAGAUGUUAUUAUUCACAAAAAUUCAAAAUUUAAAUCUGAUUGCGAAUUAAUAAUUGAACAUCAGGAAGAUCUACAUUCAGUGGGGGAGAAGCUUUCAACCAGUGCUGCAGAAAUUUUGACAGAACGUCAAGCAGAGGAUGAAACUACGUUCCAGAAUGCUCAUGAAUCUCAAGACUUGAGCGAUCCUGAUUAUUUACCGGAUAAGGAAUUUGAUUAUGAUACAAUUGCGGUUAGAAGAUCUCAACGAAAAAGAAAGGCAAAUAAAUUUAGUGAUUAUGUCACUUAUCUUGGUGCAGCGACGGGAACAGUCAAGGAUAACUCUUCAACGCAUGUAAAGGAUCCAGUUAGUGUAAAUGAUGCUCUAUCAAGCCCAGAUACAAGCAAAUGGAAGCAAGCGAUGGCUGAAGAAAUUGCAAACUUGGAGGAGAAUGGAACUUGGGACUAUGUAUACUUACCUGAUAGUGCCGCAGCCGUGGAGUGCAAAUGAGUAUUCCAGAUUAAAAGGGACAUUGAAGACAAUAAAACUUACCGCGCUAAAUUAGUAGCAAAGGGGUUUACGCAAAGAGAAGGAGUAGAUUUCAAUAAAACUUUUUCGCCUGUGGUAAGACACUCAAGUUUACGCUUAUUAAUUGCUUUGUCUGUAGAGCUAAAUUUAGAUAUUAUUCAUUUUUGAAAAAGAAGAAGAAAUAUUUUUGAUCAAAAUUGAAUGAAACAAUUUUUAUGAAACAACCGGAAGGUUUUUUAAAUCGUAAUUAUAAGAAUAAAGUAUUAAAGUUGAAUGGUGCGAUUUAUGGAUUAAAACAAUCUUCUCCUGUAUGGUAUCAAAAAGUUGAAAAUGUUUUGAAUGAUAUAGGUUAUAAGAAAUCGCAAUAUGAACCUUAUGUAUUUAUAAAGUUAAAUAAUGGUUUAAUGACCGUGAUCGGUUUGUAUGUUGAUGAUUUUUUUAUCUUGUCUAAUGAUCGGUCACAAACUAUUACUUUAAACAAAAAUUAACUGCAAAUUUUAAAUUGAAGGAUCUAGGGGAGGCAAAACAGAUUCUAGGGAUGAAUGUUUAUAUUAGUAAAUCAGACGGUGUUAUUACUUUAGAUCAACAACAUUAUAUCAAAGAAUUACUUGAAAAGUUUAACAUGUCUGAUUGUAAAACAGUAGAUACGCCUAUGGAAAAGAAUUUAAAUUUAAUUAAAUGUAAAAUUUCAACUCUAGAUGUACCAUAUCAACAAUUAAUUGGCGGCCUUAUGUAUUUAUUAGUUAUGACAAGGCCAGAUAUUUCUUAUAGUGUAAGUUACUUAAGCCAAUUUAAUAAUUGUUUCGACAGUACUCAUUGCCAAGCAAGUCUAAAAUUUUGUAAAAACGCCAAAAUUCUUCAAGGGUUUGUUGACGCUGAUUGGGGAAGUACCGUAUUAGACCGUAAGUCAUAUACAGGUUACUGUUUUAAAUUGUGCAAUAUCUUGGGAAAGUAGUAAACAGAAGACUUGCCCUUUCCAGUACGGAAGCGGAAUAUGGCUUUGGCCGAGGCUUCAAAAGAGGCAAUGUUUUUGAGAAAUUUAUUGUGCGAAUUAACUGGUCGUAACGAAUGUAUUACUUUGUAUUGUGAUAGUCAAAGUGCAUUAAAAUUUUCCUUAAAUCCCAUGUUUCACAAACGGUCUAAGCACAUAGAUAUACGCUACCAUUUUAUAAGAGAAACCAUUGCUAAUAAAAUAGUUAGAACUGAAUACCUGCAGACUAAUGAAAUGCCAGCAGAUGUUCUGACAAAAGCGUUAAGUAAUAACAAGCAUUACAAGUUUUUAAAUUGUUUAGGUGUAACAUUAAAAACUUGAGUUGUUCUCAUUCAGAUGUAUGUUUAGCAUUUAGAAUCAUAUAUGUAAACGAAGAAGGGAAUAAUUUUUUUUGGAUUAGUGGGGGUCUUAAAUUGUAGUCCAAAAGACUUCUGUUUACCUUCUGUGGCUUCACCUGGAGAAUGCCGACUUGGCAACACUGUUCAUUAUCAAUAAAGUUAGUCUAUUCUCAGAUACCGAAGAACACGUGUGUUUAUUUUUACACCCGAAACUAAUUGAUCUUCCAGAAUAUCAUAAUAGAAAUUAUACAGAUUUUUUUUUAUGUAUUUUCAAG